CAGUGAGUCAGUCAGUCAGUCAGCCGUCGGACAGCGUCGAGGUGGGACGUGCUGUGGUGUGUCGACGACGUUCUCUCUGGUGCAUUCGCGAGUCUCUCUUUGUUUUUCCGCCGCGAUUGCAAUCGCGUUAUGCUCGACGCGAGAACGAACUACUGAUCGUCCGCGCGAUAUAAUAACGACGCGAUCGCGGUCCAGGAUGACGAGGACGCCUUAAUCCCUCGGGAAAAGGCACAUGCUCGAUCACCCGGCAGGCAUCCCUUGUACGACGGAUUCGCGCGAACGAGAUUCUGCCCGAGGAUUACUCUGUCGUCGCAGCGACUGCGAUUCGUCGCGAUUGCCGUGAUGUUGCCGCGCGACUUGGUGACUUUCGCGACGGUGAUGACCAGCCUCGCCGUCGCCGUGGUCGACGGCGCGCCGCCCGUGAAUCUGGAGCCGGAGGAUUACGAGGUGCUCGCCGACGACGAGACGAGAUCCGCCGAUAACGAUUUUUCUAAUAUGGGAGAAAGAAGAUGCUACUGCAAUCAACCGGGCUGCGUACCUCAGGGAUACAUGUGCCGCGGUAAGCUUUGCUUCACGGAACUACCGUCGGGCGCAAACACGCUUCUGAGAAUGGAGCAGAGCACUCGCAGCGGUUGCUUGAACGAGGACCUCAAAAAUCGUCGGUGUCCCGCGGGGUAUCUCUGUUGCAACCACGAGGAUCUCUGCAAUCACGUGGACAGUCCUGCGAUGAAGAACAAGCUCAACAAGACCCUACAAGUGCUGGUCGGCGAUCAACGAGCGUACUUGGGUACUAUGCAGCCGAGCAGCCAUGGAAGUCAAGGGACGACGGAGGGCUGGUUCAGGACGACGACGAUCGCCGUGACCGUCGGCGGUGUCGUGGUUCUGCUGAUACUCGCCAGCCUGGCCGUAAGAUUGCUGCAGCCCGUGCCGGCCCCGAUUCGCGCAAGCGGCAAACUUGUGCCGCACCGAACAUCUGUCAACGGACCACCCUUACUCGGACCACCGAAAGUGCCUCUGGUUUAAAAGGGAGACUCCGCGAUCCAAAGACAAAGUUUCCCGGCACAAAGUGUGUUCUAAGUAGUAGUUUAAUUAGCGGAGCCGAUCGUGUGCUGGCUUUGGUAUAUGACUGAUGAUUAGCUUUGAACGGUGGAACGUCAAAGUUCUUUGUGUGUGUGUAUGUGUGUGUGUAUGUGUGUGUGCGUGUGUGUACAUAGUCUUCAUCGAUUCGACCUUCGUUUCGACUACGUUGACUUUUUACGAUGCAUUCAGUAUGCAAGUAUACGCAAAGCUCCGCGAGACAGAUCUCGCAGGGCCGGAGUCAUAUACCGUAGUGCAGCCGCGAGGCGACGUAGAAAGCUAGCGGGCCGUCGAAGGCUCUACUCGGCUGUGAAUUUUAUGAAAACAAGAGCAACUAUUGUAAAUUAUAUUCGCGCGACGAGAUAGCGUAUUACUUGUUGCAUUUCUUUGGAACAAUGUGUGGGCGCGGCGACGCGUGUCGCGAGAGCUCGUAGAAUGAGAGAGAGAGAGAGAGAGAAUGGUCCACGGGACUUUCGGGUCCUUUGAACACGAUGACGUGUAAGUAGUGCGCACACACGGCACGUCCCGUGCAGCCGUUGUGUGUGAUUCUGUAAAUAGUUGUCCUUUGUAUUUUUCUUUUUCAUCAUAUCGAAUGACACAUUAAUCUCGACGAAAUACACAACGACAUCACGACUCUUAACGUGUUACAUCAUGAGAGAUCGCUGUUCUGAAAAAUAUUGUUACACAAAUUUUACGAAUGAUAGCCUUGAAUGAAGAAACGGAAAACGUCCAAGAAGUGAACGCCAAGUAUUGUGAGAAAAUAAAUUCGAGACACAUAAUGCCGUGGGAGUCGCGAGACUUCAAGGUACGACCGUGACAUUUGUAAGAGCGUUACUUUAUACACGUAUUUGUAAACGUAUUCCAUUAUAAACACUAUAUUGUGAUAGUACGACAUAAUAACGAAUAAAUAAAUAUAUUUAGGACGUUUACCUAUGUAAUAUAUAGAAUUCGUUUUACACGUGUUGUACACUUGUGUAUAAGGAAUGAACGAGAAUGAUCAAAGUAAAAGUAUAUUUUAAGCGUC